UGCUGGCUUGGCUUUUCGCUUUGUGUACAAGUCGUGCCUUUCGUUCAUCAACUUUUUUGCAAGACGAUGGCCAACGGAGAAUGGACGCGCGAGGCGACCGAACGGCUGAUCGAGCAAUACCGUAAACAACCCGUGCUGUACAACAUGCGCCACCCGCGGUACUACAACAAGGGAAGUCGGAACGAGGCCAUUCACCAGCUUUUGGAGGCGGUGAUCGAUCUGCGGCCGGAAACGACGCCGACGGAUGUGCUCCGCAAGAUUCAAACCAUCCGAACCCAGUUUGGCCAGGAGAUCUCGAAGACGCGCCGGAUGUCGUCGCAGGGCAAAUCCUACACACCGACGGCUUGGUGGUACAAAGGGUUGAGCUUCCUGCAGAACCACAUCAAGCACCGGUCGGCCAGUCCGGUCGAUUCGGAUAGCUCUUGGAAACAGGAAGCUGACAACAGCUCGUUCAACGUUUCGAUCGUCCGGAAGGCGACGAACGAAGGCGGCGGGGAGUAUGAUUCGUUGAUGGAUCAGGAAUAUGAGGGCGAGGUGCACUACGAGAUAAAUGCCAUCGAAGACGUGAAGGAUAUCAAGACGCUCGAAGUGAAACCGGUCGCCGUGAACUCGACGCUGCACAAGCACAAAAGGAAAACGCGUAGCAGCGCUACAUCGUCGUACAGUAGAUACGAAGAUGUAGGGUUACAAUCUGACCAGGCGACAGACCAACAAGGAGACAAUGCGGAAAACAACAGCAUUGGCACUAUCGUCUCUCUGCCUGUGGUGAAGAAUCAACCGGCACAGAACGAAGCGGGUAACAGACACUUCUAUUCCGAGGUUUUCGUGAGCAACGAGCGGUACAAGGCCACCGGGAAUUUUAUCGCCUCACAGAUGGCCUGCAUUAGGGACGAUCUAGUUUUUUACGAGACGCAAAUGGAGUUGCUGAAUAUCGCCCAAAAGGGCGUGCUACGGCAAUUGGCCUUGGAUAGGGCAAACCAAGCAACACCCGCCAGUACCGCACAUGACUCCUAGGUCCCCUAGCCUACGAUCUUUCACUUAUCUGUGACCAUAGUGUACACGGAUAUUUUGCGAAUAUAGACAAAAACAUAGACAAACUUAGAACUAAUUUCAAGAAAACUUAUGAGCUAUCAUUUAAACGUUUUAUCACUUAUACAAUUGUAUGUUGCAAUAAUGCUAAAUAUGUUACACUUCACAAAAACCAAAAGUUCUACAAUAAUUAGCUUGAAUCAUGGUACUUAACGAUUGCUAAAGAUUUAGUAAUCCAGUAGUUAGAGAUAGAGCAGCAGCCGCAGAGGACCACCUUUUAAGUAUUUUAAG